GGGCCGGGGGCUGCGGCGGGGCCGGCGGCGAGCGGGGUGAGUUACAGAAAGUGACUCUUAUAGCAUCUUAGCUCUAUGAACUCUUGAGCUGUCAAGGGACUGAGAGGCUUAUGAAGAGGUUCUGUCAAGCAAAACAGCUCUUAGCAAAGACACCAAGGAGGAGGGAAAAGGAGAAAGAAAGAGAGAGCUGAAACAGUAACAAAUCAUGAGAUCUAUCCGAUCUUUUGCUAACGAUGACCGCCAUGUUAUGGUGAAACAUUCAACCAUUUAUCCAUCUCCAGAAGAACUUGAAGCUGUCCAGAACAUGGUAUCAACAGUAGAAUGUGCCCUUAAGCAUGUGUCUGACUGGAUGGAUGAAAAGAACAAGUCUGUAAAAUGUGAGGGUGAUGUGGAAGCAAAGGAGGAAGCUGCAGAAAGCAAUGCCAAGGAUCAGAGUGGUCGGACCUUGUGUGGUGUUAUGAGAAUUGGCUUGGUUGCAAAGGGUUUGCUGAUAAAAGAUGAUAUGGAUUUGGAGCUGGUUCUCAUGUGCAAAGAAAAACCCACAAAGACCUUAUUAUGUAUAGUCAAAGACAAUCUCCCCGUUCAAAUUCAGAAACUUACAGAAGAGAAGUAUCUCGUGGAGGAGCAUGUAAAUGAGGCAGCUAUUAUUAUUCGUAACACAAAGGAGCCCAAGCUAACCUUGAAGGUGAUACUUACGUCCCCUCUCAUUCGAGAUGAAGCAGAGAAGAAGGAAGGAGUAGACAGUGUUGCGAUGAAAGAUCCUCCGGACUUAUUGGACAGGCAGAAAUGCCUGGAGGCCUUGGCGUCUCUGCGGCACGCCAAAUGGUUUCAGGCCAGGGCAAAUGGACUAAAAUCAUGUGUAAUUGUGCUGCGUAUUCUGCGGGAUUUGUGCAACAGAGUCCCCACAUGGGCACCACUGAAAGGAUGGCCACUCGAGCUUAUAUGUGAAAAAUCUAUAGGUACUUGUAAUAGACCUUUGGGCGCUGGGGAAGCAUUACGACGAGUGAUGGAGUGCUUGGCAUCUGGAAUUCUGCUUCCUGGAGGCCCUGGUCUGCAUGACCCCUGUGAACGGGAGCCAACAGAUGCUUUGUCUGAUAUGACAGUUCAGCAAAAAGAAGCCAUUACGCACAGUGCUCAGCAUGCCCUCAGAUUAUCAGCCUUUGGUCAGAUUUAUAAGGUUUUGGAAAUGGAUCCUCUCCCAUCAAAUAAGUCAUUUCAGAAAUACUCCUGGUCAGUAGCUGACAAAGAAGGUACAGGCUCAUCUGCUCUCAAGAGACCGUUUGAAGAUGGUGUUGGGGAUGAUAAAGAUCCAAAUAAAAAGAUGAAGCGUAAUCUGAGGAAAAUACUAGAUAGUAAAGCAAUAGAUCUCAUGAAUGCUCUGAUGAGGCUGAACCAAAUCAGGCCGGGGCUUCAGUAUAAGCUGCUGUCCCAGUCUGGUCCAGUCCAUGCCCCAGUCUUCACAAUGUCUGUAGAUGUUGAUGGUACAACAUAUGAAGCAUCAGGACCUUCUAAGAAAACAGCCAAGCUCCACGUGGCAGUGAAGGUUUUACAAGCAAUGGGUUAUCCAACUGGUUUUGAUGCAGAUGUUGAGUGUAUGAGUUCUGAUGAAAAAUCAGAUAACGAAGGUAAAAAUGAAACAGUGUCUUCAAUCUCAAGCAAUAAUACUGGAAAUUCUACAGCUGACACCUCUACUACCCUAGAGGUAAGAACUCAGGGUCCUAUACUGACAGCAAGUGGCAAAAAUCCAGUGAUGGAGCUCAAUGAAAAAAGAAGAGGUCUGAAGUACGAGCUCAUCUCUGAAACAGGGGGAAGCCACGACAAGCGCUUUGUGAUGGAGGUAGAAGUAGAUGGCCAGAAAUUCAGAGGUGCAGGCCCAAAUAAGAAAGUAGCAAAAGCAAGCGCUGCAUUAGCAGCACUUGAGAAACUGUUUUCUGGACCUAAUGCAGCAAACAACAAGAAGAAGAAAAUUCUUCCCCAGCAGGCUAAAGGAGUUGUCAAUACAGCUGUUUCUGCAGCAGUCCAGGCUGUGCGAGGUAGAGGACGAGGUGCUUUAACAAGAGGUGCAUUUGUUGGGGCAGCUGCUGCUACUGGAUACUUAACACCAGGCUAUGGAGCACCGUAUGGGUACAGUACAGCUGCACCAGCUUACGCCAUAUGCACUUGUAUAAAAUAAGCAGAAAUUUAAUGACUGUAAGCUGAGAUCGUGAUAUAAAAGGCUCUUCAGUACCCUGAAAUACCUUGCCGCUUCCCACUGUACUCACAGAAAUGGUAGUGAUUCAUCUGUUGCGUGCAAGCAGUAAGACAGGUAAUAGGAAACACAGAAACAUGAUGGGACGCACACAGCCUUGCGCCUGCAGACUGGGGUUUUUCAGAAGAGGGUGUUCUUCCUGCUAGACCUAGCUGACACCGCACAGGCAUUUGAAUGCCUUAGCAAAAGUUGUUCUAUGAGUUUUGUGAGAGAAAAAUUCACUUCAGUGUAAGAUUCAAUUCAGUGUUUUGUCUCCAGUUCAUGUGGCUAAAUGAAACAUUCAGGCCAAAUAUUUACCUUGACGCUUAAGAGGAGCUGAAUGAUCCAAAGUGGUAAGUGAAGAUGUGCAGCUCAAAAGCAAAUUUCUUAUUUUGUAUGUUAUUUUGUUAUGUAUUUGGUGCCUUAACUCUUUGUACUCUACUGUUAAAUAUGCUGUACGAGAGGUAGUUUAGUGGUUAAGGGAACUUUAAUGAUGUUACUGAACUAGCCUACAGGAACUGUAGCAACAACUGAAGUUUCAGUGGGAGAGUUCUCUUGCAUGUUUAAUUAAUAAUCCAUUGAUAAAUUGGAGCUAAAGAAUUUAAAGAGCAUAUAAAAAUGUUAGCCAUAGAUUGAGACAGAAGGUAUCAAAUUUCCAACUUGAAAGUUUUGUGGCAGGAAGAUAAAGGUACAAUCUCUUCUGUGCUGUGUAAACAAAAAUGAAAAUGUAAUUCAGCUGCCCAGCACUGCAUGUUUCUCAAAAUCUCUAGACUCUUAUCUCUACUAUGACAAAUCAACUAAUUCUAAAGGACAUUAAUUGAAUGUAGUCAUCCAUUGGAACAGGGGAGCCGAGAUGAGUUAAGACUUGCAAUAAAUUAAAAAGUAAGUCCAAAAUAGCAUAUGGACUUAAUGCCUAAUUCCUGCCUCUUACCUGAAUCUACAAGUUCCAGUUACCAUAAGCCACUUUGCAGUUUACAAGGUGCAGUGCAGCUUCUACUUGAACACGUUUGCUUGCUGAACACACCUGGUCCUGAUAGAAUGCACUGAGAGAGAGAGAGAGAAGGAAAAAAUGAAGGUAGAAUGUUCCAGUUUGAGGACAUUAAGUAUAACAGACAGCAAGUUAGUGGGAAAGAUGAACUGCCUUUUCCAAAGCCAUAAAUACCAGUCUACAGUAAAAAAAUGAGGUUUGUCUACUAUGGUAAAUCAGCAGCCUUAGUAAACUAAGAGCAAUGGGAGGCGGUACUGGGUUUUUUUCCUAUAGUUUGCAAGAAAUUAGGUAAGAGGCUUAAGCUAUCCAUGUCACAAGCUAAAAGCUGCUGCAGCAGAUUAUAUUUUUUUUUCACUUCUGUAAAUAAGCAGGUAAUGAAAAGAGGAGGUGGAGAAACAGGAGAAAUCCAGUGAACAAAUUCUAUUUGCCAAUGGAACCCAAUCCAGAUGGGAAGACUGUUCCAUGCGGUACACUAGUAUGGGAAUCCUAGCAACUUAUUUGUACAAUAUUCUAGACAAUUUGCUCUUGCACAGAAUAGAAUAGUAACAAAGGAAAGCAGAUACUGCUUCCAGAACUACAGUUGUAAUGUAUGAAUUUCAGAUCACUAAUACUGGUAUAACUAUAACAAAGUAGGUUCAUCUUACCAUGAAAGCUGUUUUGAAACUCUAUCCACUUACAUUAAGCUAACAGCAAGUUUAAUUAUAACACUAAUCUGUAAGGGAGUAGAGCAGAAGGUAAGUUUUAGCUUUGUACUUCAAAGCUGCUGUGAACAAGUUGAUUAAUAGUGUUCUAUGGAAAUAACUAGAUGUACUUAUUUAUUUGUGCUCAUUUCUAUGUUCUUAGAAAAGCACAAGCUUCUGUAAGCAUAACCAUCACAAAGCUACUCAGGGUACUUUGUCAUCUCAGCAGUGGACACUAACUGCAUCUUAAGUCAGCAGGCACAAAUAGAUCAAGCUUAAUUAAGAGGAACAGAACAUCUUGGCAGGUUUGCUUUACUACUGGUACUGUUAUAAUUUAAUGAUCUAUGCAUACAGAAAUGUGUGUAUUCCUGCACUUCUAGUAUAACUUACAGUUCUGCAAGAGCAUCCUGCAAACUGAACAAGUAAAACUCAGCACAGAGUAUUAUUCUUUCAUUAUUCCCACAAAGGGCUGUUUAUAAGCAAUUGCAGAGUGAUAAUGCUCGAAGCAGAAUAGCUGUGGGCUGCAGAACAUUGAUAUUCAGAGUAGUACAGCUUUCAGAAAUUUAGUGAUAUGAAUUAUGAAACUUCUAAUUCACUGUAUAGAUUAUUUCUUGUGUUUUCAAACUAGCAUCACUAGUUCCCUGCUCAAAGUAAUGGGAUAAAGUCAAGUGUAGUUCUCCAACAACACAUUAUUACACAGAAAUGUACCGGAACAAAAUUGAGCUUAUACUGCUGAGAGCGUGUUCUACUACACAGAGCCAUUCUCUGGGCAAUGCUGCAUCAUUUAAGAGUGGGUAAAUAUGCCUUCAGGGCCAACAGAACACACAACAGAUGUUUAAAAAAUAACCCAGAAGAAGCCUUGAAGUUUUGUCUGCUCAUGCACUUAUUCUUCCCUGAAAAAAGGUACAGGUACAUUCAGACGUGUGAGUGAGUUAUGUAUCAGAUAUCACAAAAGCCUUUAAGGAUGAAUGUUUUAAAGGCAGUCUCCUUUGGACAGAAAAUAAAGGAAGUUGUCUCUGUCUUCCAGUUCCAAAGUACAGCAUCUUAUUUCUGAUCCUAACCCUAAAUCAAUAUUUAUUGAUCAAACUGACUAAGCUUUUUAGGUUGAUGAGCUCUCUACAAAGCAAUUCUGUUCUCCUCUUGAGCCUCUGCAGGGGCCAAUGACUGGUGCUUAACUACUACUUCUACUGCAGAAUGUCACCUGUCCUCCAGCUGUGUCAGAACCUUGUGUGACACUUGCACUUCUAAGAGAGCAACACUGCUGUGGGGGUAAUUCUCAAAAGUGCUAAAUGCAGUGGAGCAAAUCUCCAUGGGCUGUACACUUUCUAAAGUCCUGCCCAGGUCUUAGUGGCAAAGUUGAGCAUGAAACCUGUACUGCCAAAAAUACGUGGUAUCUAUGGGAAGAUGACUUUGAGGAAAGGCUGCUGUCUUCCACAUUCAACUUACAAACUUAAAAUAAAAAUAAUAGUUUAAAAAAAAAGGUUGAGCUUCCACCAAAAAUCACCACCACUCGAAUCGAUUCAAACAACUGCUGUUAAUUUGGGCUAAAAUUUCUCCCCUGUGUAGCCCAAACUACCACCACCACCAUCUGAAGAAUUUUUAAACAGUCAUCUGAGGGCAGAUCUCUGCUAAGAGAGUGCAUACUGCAAGGAAGACAGGUGAUCUGGCAGUGCAGUAUGAUGUUACUUUUCUAAUGACAGUUACUCCAGGACCAGGAAAAGACUGAGGCAGGGCUUUGGAGCAGUGUUUCAUGCUCAGCAAGCUUGCAGAGGGAAGGAAUGCAAUUCUAUAAAUCACUUGUACUGUAUUUCUGUUUCUAGACUUGAAUGAAUUUCACUUUUCCUUUGUGGGUCAGCACAGUAAACACUAAAGCAAAGGUCUAUUUUUAUAAAUCUCUUUCACCAGUUGAGAGGGCUGACCUGCAGCCACCAGAUGGACUUAUUUAUCCACAGAGGACAGAAUGUUUAUUUUUACACUAAAUUACUUACAGCAUUGAAUAAAAGAAAAUAAGGCCUUUGAACUAUCUAAAUAGUAUCACCAAAUUGCAGAAGUAUGUACAUAUGGUGGACAGUUCCAUCUUUCUUCCCACUAAGUCUCUCAAAAGAAGUUACUCAGAAAUAAACUUCCAAACGAAGUACAAGAGAGCCCUGUGAUCUAACAACAGGUAAUUUACGAACCAGGAGAAAUCUCAAUGAAGUGAGCUAGAUCUACUCGCUCGCUAAAAAAACCUGCAAAUGUAAAGUAAAUGGAAUGCUCUUGGGAUACUGAGUUGCUUCCUCACGUGAUGCUGUACCCGGUACAUUUGGCUUCAUUUGACUUCUGUGUUGUGGUUUACAUGCCAGCCACUGUUAUAAACUGUACACAACACCUCUAUUUGCACUGUAAUCUUAAUUCAUUCGCCACUGAUUGUAACCCAACGCCACAGACUUCUCUGUAUAUAAAACCAUAGCCAUGUCCCACUUGCUUUCAAUAGCAUACAAUAAAGGCUUAUAUCUCUGUAAACAAAAAUUAUGUCC